AUGAGUCCCCAGCCAGGGUUGAAGAGGGAAAUGCGGUCCCGCCGUCGGCACGCGGUGGGAGUGUGCAAUGCAUGCCGGCGACGGCAUAUCAAGUGCGACUUGGCUCGGCCAACCUGCUCGGCGUGCAAGGCAAUCGGCGCGUUAUGCGAGAGGUCCAACGCUCAGCUGACAUGGACGUCGACCUCGGGACUCUCCUUUCAGGGCGACACCCGCGCCCACCACGGCCCCAGCACCACUACCACCACCACUACGGCCGUCCGACGACGCUAUUUGUACCGGGAGCAGGACCGUGUAGCCACCAGUAUCAGCCUCCUCUCUAGUCUCCAUAUGGCUUCGGUUGACAACAGUCUGCAGCAGAUCGAGGACGAGUCCUGGCAGACCGCGCUCCACCCGGGCCAGAGCAACUUCAUUGGGCCGUUUGGGGUGUUGAGUCUGCCGAAUGACCCCGUUGCCCUGAGCUCUGGGAGUCAGGAAGAAGCCCGUAAUAGUAGUAGUAACAGUAAUCGGGACCAAACUCAAUCGUUGGAGAUUCCGCCCCCCCUGUUGGCGGGCUCGCUAGGCAGUCUGCCAACCGCAGAGGAAUUGCUGCACUGGCCGGAUCUAUUGGAAAUGGACAUGUCCUGGCCAGGAUUGUUGAAUUUCAAUGAUCUACUCAAUCCAUUGCCGGAGCAGUCCGUCUCAUUAGUGGCCGAGGGCGAAGAGCAAAGAAAUGAGGACGCGCCACUCGAUGGCUCGGUCCAAGCCCCCGGGCCGGGUUUCUCCUUGGGAGAUAUCCUAAUCUCGGACGCCCAGAUGCUUCUGAAGCGGUACCGAGAUGUGGUCGUUGCCCAUUCCUUUUCCUUUCCGCUCUCUGGAAUGUCGCCAUGGGAAAAGCUCAACGUGGAUUCGGCGGUCAUUACCUUGGGCCGGAUCGCCUUUAUGGGCACGGAGCGCAUCUCACAUGCUGCCAUGUCCAACCUGCUCGCAUUGAUUGCGAUUUCCGCCGUGCAUAAGGCGGCCGCAGUACGGAAACAAGGGACGAUGUCCAGUGAGUAUUGGGAAGGAAUCAGUGCGGCGAGCUAUGCCAAGGGCAAAGAUCAUCUGCAACAGUCCCUCCGAAGUGAGAUUCACAAUGUGCCGCCGCCGAAAUACAAGGAACAACUGAUGGCCCUGUCGGCGAUGCUUUCGUUUGCGAUUCUCUCGAACUGCCAAGAAGAGGCCAGAGCAUACUUGCUCGAUUCCGAGCGCCUGUUACGUCUUCGGGGCCUAACCAAGCGCGCCUUCUCGCGCAAGGCACGAUUACUACACCACGUAUAUACAUGGAACCGGAUCCUGGGAGAAAGCACGUUCGUCCUACGGGACUAUAACAAGGACCCCAGUUUGACAGCACGGCCCGCCGAAGAGUCGCACGCCCGCUCAAACCCCUUCCGAUCCAAUCCGGAUAUCCACUUGGAUGACUUUUUGCAACUGGACGUGAGCUCCAACAAUCCCGAGCCGAAGAAUCACAGAGACCAGGACGGAAUACUCAAUAACGUGCAUAUUGAAGAGUCGAGAGGGGACGCCCAGCCAAUGUACCGGGAACUCUACGGAGUAUCCGAGACCUGGCUUAGUCUUGUCUCGCAGACCACGCGGCUUGCCAAUUUCGUCGACAAACUCACGGCCAGCAAGGGCCGGCAGGACCCAGGAAUGAUGGAUGCGCUAGAGAAUGCGAAACUGCGACUCGAGGAAAGAAUCUGGAAGCUCGUCUCGCUUCAUGAUCCGCCCCCGCCCUUGGGGCCUCACGGACCCAAUCUCGAAGGCAGUGUGGAGCAUCCGAGGGCCUACAUGGUCCAUGCAUUGAAUCUGGGCCUAGUGAUAUUCUUCUAUCGACGCAUCAGAGAAUCCAACCCGCGCCUGCUGCAACAGUACGUGAGCUCAAUCGUCCAGGCACUGAAGGACUUUGCCGCCUCCUGCAAGGCCCUCCACCUCGAAGGGCCUGGGUCUCCCUGGCCGGCCUUUAUGGCCGGCUGCGAGGCGAUUACCCCCCAGGAUCGGGACUAUCUUCAUCGCUGGAUGGAUGAAGCCCUAACAUUGACGGGUUUUCUCAGAUUCCGAACAAUCAAACAAUGCAUGGAGGAGGUUUGGAGGCGACAGCUGGAAAUAGCCGAUCGGAGAGACGGGCGAGUGACGUAUCAUAGCUGGGUCGAUACAUGUCGAGAACACAACAUGUAUAUCAUGCUAUCCUAA